AAGUGAGCUGGAGAGGAAAGCUCAGCAGGAAAAAGAGGAAGAGCUGGAGAGAAAAGCUCAGCAGGAAAAAGAGGAAGAGCGGCUACAAAUAGAAAAACGGAGGGAGGAGGAAGAGGAAACGAAGAGACAGAUGGAAAAAGAACGAAUCGAGGAGCUAGAGAGAAAAAUGCAGGAGGAGCUGGAGAGAGAGCGAGCAGAUGAACUCAAAGAAAAGCCGACAACAGAUGAAGGGGAUGAAAGAAAAGAAGACACUUCCGUGGACAAGGCAGAGCAAAAUCUAAUCAGUUUUGACUCUGAGGAUUUCUCUCAGAAGUCUGAAUCAACAUAUCCCCCCUCACCAAACGUCUAUGAGCCCACUGAGAGUCUAAUUGACAUAGUUUAUGACGACUUCUCUGUCAAGAAGCCUCUGAUUGACGUGGAGUUUGAUGAUUUUUCGGUCAAACCAAGGAUUAGGGGCUCACAGACUAAAGUAGAAACCACUCCAGUUGCCCGCAAUUGGGCUUUCGACCUUUUGGACACCAAGACGGAUGAACAGGAAGCGCUGGUGCCCCUCGAUGUCACACCUCAGAAAAAUGAGGUGGUACUGGAGCAGGUGGAGAAACCAGUCAGCCUUGUGGAGGAGGAAGUGGAGGAAAAAGGGAGGCCAGAGGAGGCGCAGCUCAUCUCCUUAGAGACGGAGGUGGAAGUGGAGGAUGAGGAGAAGGAGGAAGAGGUGAAGACAAAGGAAGACGGAGGUGACGAAGAACAACAAGAAGAAGAACAGCAGGAGGCGCAGGUUAACAGCUACUGCACAGACGAUGGAGACAAAGACACUGAUGUGUUGAUAGACAGUGAACAAGAGCAGCAGGAUGGCUCCUGUGAUCAAACCACAGAAACUGAGAGUUCAAAUCCAGACCAGUUAUCUGACAGCGCCGUUGAGGAUGUGGACGCUGCUGUUUUUCACAGAGAGCCAGAGUUAGCUCCCUUCCCUGAGACCUUUGCUCCUCUCCUUGACACGACGGCACAAAGAUCCAGGGCGGUUCUGGGUAAGAAGCGAGCUCGGACGCAUCUGCCUCGCUCCAUCGGUGCCGGGUCGGAUCAGACGGAAAAACUGGACUGGAGGGCUCAAGACUCCACAGAUUUAGAUGAAAAGGAGGAAUCUUCAGAUUCUGAGGAGGAACAGCCAAAACCAAAGAUCGCCAGUUCUCCUCCUACUAUUACACAGAGAGUCCCCAUAUUUCCUGGCCUGAAACAUGCAGAUCUCCUUGCUCAAAUAAAGAAGAGAACGUGUGGGGGAGAAACUGGAGGAGGAGGAAGAGGAGGAGGUGAAGCAGAAGAGGAAAAGCCAAGAGUAGACAGGGAAAGUCGGGCUGAGGAAGCGGCGCCUGCUCCGACGCCGCUCCCACGGUCUCCUCGCACAGCUGCGAAUCUCGCAGGGGCUGCGCGGGUGCUGCCGCCCUUACUCGGCAACGAGGGAGGUGCCGCCUCCUCCCCUGCUUGGCUGAAAGAGCUGAAGUCUAAGAAGCGUAUGAGUCAGCAUGAUAUUAACAUUUAGCCAGACGCAGGAGACGGUGCCUUUGCUGUCCAGCAAGAAUCAUCUCAACUGCUGCUGCUGACAAAUACCUUUCACACGAUCUUGACUUUUCCACUCUGCGCUUUGAGUGCCUUAUUUUGGACCUCUCCAGAGACACGCAGGAGUGGAAUUCAGGCUUUUGCCGAACACAGAGACAAUCAAGAACAUUUAUAUCUUGGAAAUGAAUUAACGGUGCCGAGGCUGUGAUGCAUUCAUUCCAAGCACAUGUUUUUGUAUCUAUUGUUGUACAUAGAGGUUGGAUAAGCCAUAAAUAGUCUUAUUGUUUGAAUGUUUAAGUCUGUAAUAUACUGACAGGGAUGGAUGACACUAGGCCUUGAGCAGGAUAUCACACAUAUGCAAGUCUUUUUAUAGUUGUGAGGACAUAAAUUAAGUUUCCAUAGCCCCUUAAGGGCCGGACCCUGAGGCUGACAACAUGGCUCGCCUCACGUCGUCCGUGUCUAAAGAUUUACACUGCAAAGACUACAGCCAACGACCAGCUAGCAUGUACAAGCUGUGCCUAUGUGGAAGGAUAUAACUCUCCAGCAGCUGGCAGUAUUUGUAAUUCAAAAUAGGGAACUUCUCUCUAAAAAAGAAAAAAAAAUAGAAGCUCAGAGCAGCUGGAAAGAGCUACAUAUCAUCAUACAGAUGCCCAUGUCAUUGUGAAAAUAUUCAGGUACUGAAAUGCUCGGACCUUUGAAAUUGUGAGGACCAUCCAUGUACAAAAGUGCCCUCACUCACUCACACAUGUACCUUUUUUUUAGAGAAAUGCUGAAAAUUAGUGGUGCACCGUGUCGCAUGUUUCCCUGAAAUUUUACAAGAUGCUUUCGACAUCAUGCAGCCAGUCACAUAUUGUCUCCAGUAAACCUUGAAGCACUUUAAAUAAAUAUAUUAUAGCAUAUUUACCGUCCAUACAGUACAUCUGAGGAUUAGGAUAAUCAAGCACGAACAGUGGAAACCAAGUCCAGGGAUUUUUUAAAAUUUUUCCUUUCUUUUAUUAUUUCACACUGUAUGUUUUAAAAUACAGGCACAAAACCUUAACGAGUGAUUUUAAUAAUACACGCAAUAGCUGGUCACAGUGAGCUGAGAGGAAAUAUCUGUGGGCCUUAAUGACAGAAACAGGAAGUGUGUAGAAAAACGCCUUAAUCUGCUCAAGAGUCUUCUGUGUGCCUUUUUAAUGUUUAAGAGUGAAUGUCAUCAACUGUGUAAUCUUUUGUGAUUGAUAUGCUGUACGUUAAGAGGAAAUUGAGGGAAUUUUAUUAAAACUUUUUUCUAUGAAA